UGAACAGUGGAAACCCAAGCUCGAAGCUUUGAGUGCUCGACCGAUCGGCUCUGAAUACUCUUUCGCCUUCCCUGAAAAAACAAGAAGAACUCAAGAACAAGAAGAAAAGACAGCAUCGAGGUCGACUCUGAAUGCCUUGUUAGUUCCAAUCUAAAUGUUUUCUCUGCAUACUCUCUCUUUGUUGAUCGUGUCAUCGUGAGCUAUACAGCGACAGCCAGCGGACAACGGUAGACUCUGCAAUUUAAACAGCGGUGCGACAAAGAAAAGGACCAAAAGUAACGGUUACAGCUUUUAUUCUUGAGUCGGGAUUCAAUUAUGGUUUAAUGGUUUUCGAUCCGGAGUCUGAGUCCGGUGGUCGCAGUCGGGAUUCUCGUUGGGAAACGGAAGAGAUAGAAGAGAAAAACAUAUAAAACUGAUGGGUCCUCGACAGUGCGAAGUGUGCAAGGAUGCACAAUCCAAGUACAAGUGCCCUUCAUGCCUUGCUCCGUAUUGUUCUCUGGUUUGUUUCAAGAAGCACAAAGAGAUUCCAUGUGUGAAGGCAGUAUCUCCUGAACCAAAACCAUGUCCAAUAAAGCUUCCAGAAAAGCCAUGCCAGGUAGAUGAGCCAACUCUGUUGCUUCAGAAGGAGCGACUAGAGUCCUUAGCAUUCUCGAGUGAAGUUCGCGAAGCUUUGAAGGAUGUAGAGCUUCAAAAUGUCAUAGGCAAGAUCGAUUCAUCCACAGGUGCGGAAAAUGAACUUGAUAGAGCCAUGGAAAAUGAGAUCUUCCGCAAAUUCACUGAAAAGGUUUUAUCCAUUAUCAGCCCAUAACAACAUCCACUUCUGUUUAGAAGAUGAACUUUAUACAUGAAGCAUGUUGUAUCCAAGUGGCUGCUGCUUCAACUUCAGUCAGCCUUAGAAAGUCAGUGCCGACUAUGCGUUCGAAGAAUAUGGCUGUCCUACCAGCUAAAUGUUUUGAAGAAGUGUCCUUUCAUUUUCUGUCAGUCUUACCAGUUUCCUCCAUCAAUUUUGGCCAGAGUAUGUUUAUUGUGAUAUGUGUUUUUAGAUUGAAAUUUUGAAUGCAUAUUAAGGGUAAGGGUGUAUUUGUAAAGCCACUGAAUGAACUUAGAGAAACUCAUACAAGUAGGAGUAAAACUUGUAUGUUUGGUCUCAAGAAUCUUCUGAUUUUGCUUUUCAAGAAAAAAAAAAAUUAGUUAAUCACAGGUUUCUGAUUUAUGUAAUCGUUUUUAUCCUAAAAUGCAUGGAAGCUGUCCAGGAGAUUUCAUACAAGAGUAAAUUCUCUAUAGAAUUCCUUGAUAAGUAUGAAGUUCUCUGUUUUGGACUGUAUUUCUAUCCAAGAAAUUGUGUUCUAAUUUGACAUGAUGAAGAACUAACACAAAAGUUUUGUUUUUGCAGAUCAUGGUGGAUGUGUUUGGGAAAAAUGCAGUUUGAGAUUUGGGUCACAUUAUGGUAAUAACCAUUGAAAAGAAAAUUAGAAAUUCGGCAUAUGUACAAGGUUAUGACACAUUUUUAUGCAGAAUUGAUUAAUUAA